AUGUCAUUUCCAGGGCGACAUCCAACUCAACACCAACAAUUGCCACAAGAUCAAAUCUAUGCUCAGAAAAUAAGUGAAUCAUGUAUACUCAAAUCGAUAUUUAGUUUAGCAGGAGGAUUUGUGUUAGGAGGAGUGUUCGGAAUGUUUAUGUCAUCGUUUGAAAUGUCGUCCGCAGAUCCAGCAGUACUUGAAAAACCGAUGCGACAACAACUAAAACACACGGCAAAAGAUAUGGCAAACAAAUCAUUCUCAAUGGCGAAAAAUUUUGCGGUUGUUGGGGCAAUUUUCUCUGGUACUGAGUGCAUAAUAGAAGGGUAUCGAGCUAAAAAUGAUAUGUAUAACGGUGUUGGUGCUGGGUGUGUUACUGGGGCUAUACUGGCCGCUAGAGCUGGACCUCAAGCGACUGCUAUUGGAUGUGCAGGAUUUGCUGCAUUUUCAACGGCAAUAGAUUGGAUACUGCCAGUCUUAUUCUUGGCAGCAUUUUACGCGAUUGGCACACUACCACCAUUUCAUCGACGAUUCUCGCUCAAUGAUUCCUCAAUUCAAUAUCCCUAUACUGAGCACGAACGGGUGCCUAUGUGGGCAUUACUCACGAUUUCUGCUAUCGUACCGUUCGUAAUAAUGACCGUCAUAUCGUUAGCAAUCAAAAGAAGUUAUCUUGAUUGGCAUAACGCGACUUUGGUUGGUAGACCACGCCCAGAUUUCAUUGCUCGUUGUCAACCAAUAGCCAAUGCAACUGACAAAUUACCAUAUGGUCUAAGCAGCUCGGAUAUUUGUACAUGGACAGAUGCAAAAAUUGAAAGCGAUGCAUUUAAAAGUUUUCCUUCAGGACAUACGUCAACUGCAUUCGCAGGAAUGUCAUUUCUAUCGUUCUACCUCGCCGGAAAACUACGAAUAUGCGAUAGCCAAGGUCACACAUACAAAUCAUUUAUCAUCGUCGCACCAUACGUGUUUGCAUCACUUGUGGGAAUCUCACGCACGAAUGACUAUCGACAUCACUGGGAAGACGUAGCUUUUGGCGGUCUACUCGGAAUAAUAUUUGCCGCGUUUUGUUAUCUGCAAUAUUAUCCUCUGCCGUGGUAUGAGACUUCACAAAUGCCCUUUAGUCAUCGUUUCUAUCAGCCAGAUGAUUUGGAGGCUGGGUUGGUUGGUGACGAUGAUAGGAGUG